AUGGAAGACAAUUAUUUGAACCAAUCAUCUUAUUUUAAAGAUACAAUUUCAUGUGGAAUAAAGGGAGAUUACAAUGAAAUAAAGUUCCUCAAAGUUUAUCUAGAGAAGAAUCCACAUUUAAGAUUAUAUAUUACUGAGAGAGAAAUACCUCAGGAAAGAAGUGUGGGACAAAAAAGAAAAGUAGAAGUUGCAAAGUAUUUAGAAAUUAGAGAUUAAGAAGGUGAUAAAGAAAAAAUAAUUAUUUAAAUUAAAUUGGAGAAUGACGAAGUGUCUCCAAAUUAUCCAAUAUUAAUUGCAUCAAAAGAAGUAAAGGAAGUAAAAGAAGUAAAAGAAGCAUAAGAAGAAAAUGUUUAGUAAAUUGUUGAAUUUAAAAGCGUAUGCUAAUUAAAAUCUAUGAAAAAACUAGAGAGAGGAUGUAUUAAAGUAAUAAUGAAAGAAACUGAGAAAAAAGGUUUUGAUGAGACUGGUUAUGAUAAUCAAAGUGUUAUUAUACCACGUGUUUAUACUUAAGAAGAUAUUUUACCACCAAAGCCUGAAAAUCAAACUGAUGAUGAAAAAAAUAAGCCAGUUUAAUCUAAAGAAGAUAUUUAUGUAACAAAUAAUAACGAAUAAUGGGUUAAGAAAUAGUUAAUAUCAAAGAUCAAAUAAUUAGAAAGUAAUAAUGUAGAUACUACUUAUGCAUGUAUAUAAGCAGAAAUUAACAUCAGGCCAGAAAAAACUUUUAAAUCAAUGCUAGAUGAGUUGUGUUAUCAAGAAAAGAAAAAUUCUAAGAACAUCUACAAACUUAAAUAAGGAAUAUGA